AUGAAAAGUCAAAUUGAGGAAAAAACCGAUCGCAGCAAAUAUGACCCAUCGCAAAACAAAGAAGAAAGACGUCAAAUUCGAGGAGAACUACGAAGGCUAGGCAAAAAGAUGGAAGGUAAUAUUAGAAUUACGAAAAAAAACAGCGAUACAGAUAAUGACGGUCUUAACGAAUGCAUUCUAAUGCAAAAUGAAGUAUAUGCAAGAAUCAAGAACGUAUCCGAAGCAACUAUCGAUUCCAAACUGCUGGUAUUGACAGCCGAUAUUGGUGCGCAAAAGGCACGUAACCUGAAGCUGGAUAGCGAUUUAUUCAACGCAGACGAAUUUGUGGGCAAAGUAAAGUCAUUGGGUAGUGGUAAUCGGUCUACGAUAAACUGGAAGCGGAUCGGUGCCAGAGCUUUCGAACACAGUCAGCGUGCACACAGCAUGGACUUUAUGCUCGGUCCAUUGUCAGUGGAGAAGAAGCAGCGCAAAACCGGCCGGCAAGUCCGUAUCAUCAAAAACAAAGAGGAUCUCGUUCAACCCACACAGCUCCAAGAAGGUGAUAUCGGCCAACAAGAAAAUGAAACCUCGGCUAAUGUCAACCAAAUCUAUAAAAUCUUGGACGAGUACGGCCCCGUUAACUAUCUUGAAUUUAUCACCAAUCCAGAAUCGUUCUCACAGUCCGUGGAGAACCUGUUUUAUGUAUCCUUUUUGAUCCGUAAUGCUGUGGCUGAAAUCGAUGAUUCGAGCGGCCAACCUAUUCUGUCAACACGAGCACCUCCAACGACCGAAGAGCUUGCUGAAGAACUCACAAAAAAGCAAAUUAUGAUGAGCUUGGAUAUUCAUCUGUGGAAGGAAAUUAUCGACACAUACGGAAUACGCUCCACCAUUAUACCCACUCGAUCUAAGCGACAUCAAGACAUGACCUCUACUAGAUGGUAUUAA